AUGCUUCAAAGUAUUCUGACUGAAUGCUCUCUGCUCGAGAGCUUGAGCCUAAGGAACUGCCAGCAACUUGAUGUUAUUAGCGUUACGGUUCCAGAUCUCAAACUUAAGCGGUUGACCAUUGGGGAUUGUUGGUCAGCCGAGCUGCUGGAGAUUCAUGCUCCAAAGCUCCAAUCUUUUCACUUUUUUGGAAGGUUAUGCAUUGAAACUAUCCUCUCGAACCUCUUUUCAUUGGAAGACGCAGCAAUCUAUUCAAUCGAUAGAAAUUCCGAGCCUGAUUACAUGUAUUUACUAUCUAGUUUUUCUCAUGUUCAGACACUCACCUUAUUCACAGCAGCUCUGGUGCAUCUGAAUUUAAGUGAGGAAGACUACGUUGACUUUCAAAUCGAGCUGCAGAACCUCCAUGAAUUACAGUUUGUCAUGACCUCAAUGACUGACGAGGAUCUCACUUGCUUCUGCUUUUAUAGCUGUUUAUCCCCAUUCCUUGAAAAGCUUUUCAUUCUACUACCAACACACAUUGAUGAUCCAAAUGAGGAAAAGUACUGGGUGCGCGUGCUGAAUCCGCUGAGUCCUGAUGAUAUCUCCUUCGAUCAUCUGAAAAUGAUCAAAGUGACAAAUUUCAAAGGAAGCAGAAAUGAAAUGAGAUUGGUGAGCUUUCUUCUACAGAAAGCUGCAAUUUUGGAAACUAUGGUAUUAGUUCUUCCCGCUGUUAAGGAGGGGAAUGGUAAAGAGAGACUGGUUUUGAGGAUUUUGAGAGGACAAGUUCUGCUACUUGGAAAAGCAUCUCCAUGCGCUCAGAUUAUUCUCCAUGAAUUUGGGGAAGAUGAUGGCUUGAAUCCAACGCAUGUGGAGGUUUAUAAUGAUGAUAGCUGGUUGCCGGUUAUACCUUGCAUGGUUACUGGAUAG